AUUCCAAUGCAACUAAGCAUUAUGAGUGCUACACUUUUUGUAUUAAAAACAAUGAUCAAAAUCCCUUUGUUUUGAUAAUUUGAUGCUGAUACUUUCCCAUGCUAAACAUUAGUCAUAUAUUGAUGCAAAUCAUUGCAGAUUUUUGCUAAAACAAGUGUAUGAAAACGCCACAUUGGUCAGCGACGGUCCCAGUCAGCCCCGAUUCCAGUGAGGGCAGCUCAGCUGUUUGAUACUGGUCCGCCAGGAUGUAUACCAAACAAUGUUACAGUUAAAAACAGACGAACCGGUUGUUCCGAUAUCGUCAAAGAGCAAUGUUACGAAUCGACACGGAACGGAAAAACACUUCGGGUCUUUCCGUAAGGGCGUUCGUAAUCAGAUUUAAAGUUACCUCCCAUCGCUUACUCUGGAUUUUCCUACUUUCGGUUUCGUUUCAAAUUCUUGUAAUUUGUUGGGGGCGGCCGGAUAAUGGUUAUUUGGUUGCAGAUGAUGGACAAAUCUGAGAAAAAAACUUUUCUACUGAAUGACAAAAGAUCAGAUCUAUUCCAAGCUGUGAACUAAUAAUAAUGCCCGGAAAUCUGAAAUUGAUAGAUGACAGUGGGGCACUGGUCCGGGACACACAGCCAACUUAUCAGGAGAAAUUGCUGAAGCGUUUUUAUAAAGAUGAUGCAAAGAAGCUGCUUGGCCUUUUGAAUGAGGAAAUAAAUGAUGUUGAAAAGACAUGGACAGUUAAAAGACAAAGGGAAGGACCGAGCGUCGAAAUUUAUUGUGAUUCUGUUGGGGAAAAAGAAUGUCAGAGAGAUGUGGACAGGCUACAAGAACACAUUCAAAACUUGAUAUCUUAUACUAUAGAUUGCCAGAAUCAACCAAAAUCUAGAGAAGAGAUUCUGAAAAUUCUGAAUAAGCAAGUCGGGAUAGUUUGUAUCCCUUCUGAAAGUCGUACAAACAUACUCCGAAUUUUUGCCAAAAAUGGAGAUGACCUUGACCAAGCUAAGAAGAAGCUGACCGGUUGCUCAGACAGAGCAGAUCACCAACCCAGCAGCAGACGGAAUCGCACAUUUUCCAAUCCUGCAUAUGACUACACAGAUCCUGCUACAGACAUAGCCUCUGGAGGCGGUGCAGCCAGUCCUUCAGACAUUAAGUUCAAAUUUCAAACAAGUAAUGGACUCACUGUAAAGAUUUAUCAGGGGGCCAUCACAAAACUAAAUGUAGAUACGGUGGUGAACGCAGCCAAUGAGCACCUGGCAAAUGGCGCAGGGGUUGCAGGUGCAUUGUCUAAAGCUGGCGGGUACGAGUUUGACAAGGAAUGCAGGGACCUCAUCAGGAGGGAUGGAAGUAUCCCUGUGACAAAAAAUGUUGUAACUAGGGCAGGACAGAUGGGUUACGAUGGAGUGAUACAUGCCGUGGGACCACAGUGGAACAACUUCAAAGAUAAGACAGAAUGUGUGGAAAAGGUCCGGGAUACUGUCGUAGAAAUACUGAAAACAUCGGUGAAGUUUGGAUAUCAAAGAGUUGCCAUGCCACCCAUUAGCUCAGGUCUGUUUGGUGUACCUACCGACCUUUGUGCUGCCAUGUACGUCCUUGGAAUCGUUGACUUUUCUGAAAAUGUUCGUAGUCUCAAAAGACUUGAAGAGUUUCACAUCAUUGAUAUCAAGGCUGAGAUUCUGGACAUGGUGAUUGCUUACUAUGAAAAGUGGAGGAAGAAACCAUCUGCAUUAGAUCCUUACAUGUUAGUUUCUCAACAUCCAAAGGUAACCAAGGGAGACAACUACAACCGUGAUUGGCAAGGCAAGAAAGAAUGGAACACUAGGCAAGGUCCUCGGCAUAGUCAAGGUUACGGUGGAAGUCAAGGUCAAGGUGGAAGUCAAGGUCAUGGUGGAAGUCAAGGUCAAGGUGGAAGUCAAGGUCAUGGUGGAAGUCAAGGUCAAGGUGGAAGUCAAGGUCAAGGUGGAAGUCAAGGUCAUGGUGGAAGUCAAGGUCAAGGUGGAAGUCAAGGUCAUGGUGGAAGUCAAGGACAUGGUGGCAAUCAAGGUUAUGGUCACAGCUAUAGUGGUGAUCAGGAUAGGGGAGACAGGAAGGGAUCAAACUCUAGCCAAGGUCAUCACCAUGGAAAAGGUUAUAACCAUGGUCAAGGUGAGAGUCUUGAUCCAAGGGAAAUGCAGGGCAGAGGCAGGCCACCCCGCAACAAGCCUUGUACCUUUGAAAAUAACACUUUCAUCUUUAGAGGGAAGUUGAAGGUUCACAUUUACAAUGCGGACAUCAUUCAGUGUGAUGUUGAUGCCAUUGUAGCCACCGAUGGUAGGGAUCAGAAAGGAGCAAUUUCUCAGGCGAUAGAGAAAGCUAAUGGUUCAAGUUUCAUAGAAAGUUUGAAAAAAAUGAAGGAUUCUGUUUUGGGAAAAGAACUAGGCCUUGGCCAAGUCAUUAUGGUCAAACCACACAAGAUGAAACACCUGCGUUGCAUUUAUUACAUCAUCAUGGAGCGGUUCUCUCCUUCUGUUCCUCCAUCUCGAAAACAACUGCAGGAGUUAAAACGUGUUGUUUUAGAGGUUCUUGGACAAGCUAACAGGCUACCACAAAUGAGAAAGAGCAAGUAUAGGAAGAAAAACAUUGAAUAUAAACCAUUGACGAAGAUGGCCAUGUCUAUUCCUGGAGCAGGGUCCUUGCAAACCCCAUUUUAUGUAGAAAAGUGUUCCGAGGUCAUGUUUGCUGCCUUUGAGGAGUUUGCUCGGAAGAGUACACCGAUGCAGUUGCAGGAAGUCCAUGUGGUGGACAUGCGGGAAGCCGUUAUUGUGAAAGGUAUGCGGGAAACAUUCCGGAAAAAGAUGAGAUCAUUUGAAAAUAGGUCACUGCCUCCCACACCACGCCAAUCUAACAAGCCACAAAAAUUCGCAUCUGGGUACUAUGAAAAUGACACAGAUGUUGGGCCCCUGAGAAAAGGGUCUAAAUUUUGGCCAGAAAAAUGCCAGAAAAUUGCUGAAUGGAGGAGCCACAAGAAUAGCUCCUCUGGUAAGCUAGAUAUGACACAUUUUUUCAAAAGGGCGACAAAACCAGCAGGCAACAUGAAGAUCCUUGGUGAUGACCCCAGCACAAGUAAAUGUGGUUCCAUGAGGGAGGGUGCCACAUGCGGUGAUCAGGUUGAGGAUAGCUGUGUGAUCUGUAUGGACAGUUUUGAUGAUCCAGUGAAACUGAACAGAUGUGGUCACAUGUUCUGCCGAGAAUGUAUUUCUGAAUCGUUCCACCAGAAGCCUGUGUGUCCUGUGUGUACCACUGUGUACGCAGUCGUACAGGGUGACCAGCCAGUUAACGGAACAGCCACGGUCUACCGUGACGACAACUCACUCCCAGGCUAUUCCGGCUGUAAAACAUUGAUAAUCAACUACAUAUUCCCAGACGGCACACAAGAUGAAGAACACCCAGAUCCCGGACAAGGAUUCAAGGGCCUCAAUCGUCAGGGUUACCUCCCAGACAAUUCACAGGGUCACAAGGUCCUCCAGAUGCUCAGAGAAUCUUUUGAACAAAGACUGACCUUUACUGUAGGUCAGUCACGCACAACCGGAGAAAAUGAUGUCGUCACCUGGAAUGAUAUCCACCACAAGACGCGUCGGGACGGUGGGACAGAAAAGUUUGGUUACCCUGACAACGAGUACCUUGACCGUGUCACUGAAGAAUUGAACGCCAAAGGGAUAGGCUUGUAGUGAACAGUGCCUGACCACGCCCUCUCUGCUAGGCAUCAAGUGUCUGUCUACCUGCACAUUUUUAAUAGUAUUGAUUGAUGGAAUCUUCCCCUACUUUUAGGGUUUGACAUAGAAAUCUCUAACCCGAGGGGUGACAACCAAAAAAAAUCACCCCUCAGGUUGGAGAUUUAUCUGUUACACCCUCAAGGUAGGGAAUGAUUAUUUUUCUCCCACCCUAUUAAUUCAGUCACAACACCAACUAUUUGUAAAAAAACCACAUGUGGGUAUGCAUAUCGUCAUUCACUUUUGAUGAUGUCACAAUUACCGGUGACGCAUUUUAAUGACGUCACAAUUGAACAUAUGCUAAUCAGUACAAGGCUAUCUCCCCCUUGGUGUCGACAAGCUGCUCUUUCCCGGCUAAAACGGGAGACGCACCUGUGAAGGAUGGGAGAAAACUUUUUAGCUCCCCUGGUCCAAAGGACCAUGGUGAGCUUAUGCCAUACUGCAGCGUCCGUCGUCCAUCGUCCGUCGUCCGUCCGUCCGU